AUGGCUCCUAGUACUGCAGCGCAUACAAUGACACAAGUCACACAACAGCAGACCGUAGAUGGUCGCAUCAUCGACAAUCUCGCCGGAAAAAUGACAUUGACUCCGAUGGGUCUUCAACGAACAGCCAAUUUCGCCAUUCCGUCGCCAUAUUGGAUCGGCUCCACUGCCGACGGUCUCUGCGCCGGUGGCGUUUGUCCCAGCUACGAGAGCGCCUCCGCUCUCCAAGUCAUUCACGCCAUCUUUGAGAAAGUCUUUGAGUUUGAGUUCAGCCUCGGCAGCAUUCAUUUGGUCAUGGCCUAUGAACCAGUCGGCGCCGCGAGCCCUGGCAUCCAGCAUCCAGGCCCGUUUGAUCAGUGGCUUGAUGAGUACUCAGAGGCGAAUGACACCUACACAACCUGCCGCUCGUUCUUCCAGCAGCUGAGGUUACUCCCCAUGGGAAAGGUCACCUACACCCUGACUUGGGCCCCCACUGACGAGGAUGACUAUGUUUACGAGUCAGUCCCGGAGCUUGGAUUCUGCCCAAUCAUCAGGAACCUGGCGGUUGGCACUGUGGUAGAGGCCCGACAGGCGGUAGUCGACAAUCUAUUCACAUAUGUCACUACCAAAGAGGAUGGGAACAGGCUCAGUGUGACUUCCUACGGCGUCCGUCAGCGAACUGCGUACUAG